CUAGACGUUUUUUGUGUGGAGUUUAAGUGAAGUCCAGUGUUCGUCGUUCGACUCCGACCCGUCUCUUCGAUCUGUCAGAUGCGAAUAUGGGACAGAAGCGUGUGAAAGUUGCAGGAUCUCGAGAAGAGUUGAUGGUUUUGGCCAUUGGGGACAUCGUCAAUCAGUUAAUCCAAGCUCAUGUCCAGAAAAAGGAUGUUAAUCUAAAUACAGUGAAAUGCAAAUCGUCCAGCAAAUAUGGCCUGGCAAGUCAACCGAGGCUGGUAGACAUCAUUGCUGCAGUACCACCUCAGUACAAGAAGGAAUUACUUCCAAAAUUAAAAGCGAAACCCGUCCGGACUGCCAGCGGUAUAGCUGUUGUUGCUGUGAUGUGUAAGCCACACAGAUGUCCUCAUAUUGCCAUGACAGGAAAUAUAUGUGUUUACUGUCCAGGAGGACCUGAUUCAGACUUUGAAUAUUCCACACAGUCAUACACAGGUUACGAGCCUACCUCAAUGAGAGCAAUUCGAGCCCGGUACAACCCUUAUUUACAGACCAGGCAUAGAGUUGAACAGCUGAAGCAACUUGGUCACAGUGUUGAUAAGGUGGAGUUCAUCGUGAUGGGAGGAACUUUCAUGUGUCUGUCAGAGGAAUACAGAGACUUCUUUAUUCGCAACCUGCAUGAUGCUCUCUCUGGCCACACCAGUAAUUCAGUAACUGAGGCCGUUAAAUAUUCAGAGAAGAGCCGGACUAAAUGCAUUGGAAUUACCAUAGAAACCAGACCUGAUUAUUGUCUCAGAAAACAUCUGAGUGAUAUGUUGGCUUAUGGCUGCACUCGUCUUGAAAUUGGUGUACAGAGUGUCUAUGAAGAUGUUGCCAGGGAUACCAACAGGGGUCACACAGUAAAAGCUGUUUGUGAAUCAUUCCAAAUGUCUAAAGAUGCUGGUUUCAAGGUUGUGUCUCACAUGAUGCCAGAUCUACCAAAUGUUGGCCUAGAAAGAGACAUCCAACAGUUUGUUGAAUUCUUUGAGAAUCCGGCUUUCCGACCUGAUGGAUUAAAGUUAUAUCCUACACUUGUCAUAAGAGGAACAGGAUUGUAUGAACUUUGGAAGACCGGAAGAUAUAAGAGUUAUCCUCCCAGCACUUUGGUGGAUUUAGUGGCCCGCAUCCUGGCACUUAUCCCACCUUGGACAAGAGUGUACAGAGUUCAAAGGGAUAUUCCAAUGCCCCUGGUGACUUCCGGUGUUGAACAUGGCAAUUUGAGGGAGCUGGCUCUUGCCAGGAUGAAAGAUCUUGGCACCCAGUGCAGAGAUGUGAGGACAAGGGAAGUUGGAAUUCAAGAGAUUCACCAUAAAGUCAGACCUUUUGAGGUUGAACUCAUUCGUCGAGAUUACGUUGCAAGCAAAGGCUGGGAGACGUUCCUUUCCUAUGAAGACCCGGAACAAGACAUCCUCGUUGGUUUGCUGCGUCUGCGCAAAUGUUCCGAGGAGACUUUCCGUCCAGAACUCAAGGGUGGCUGUUCAAUUGUGCGAGAACUCCAUGUCUAUGGAAGUGUCGUCCCUGUACAUGCUCGAGAAGUAACAAAAUUUCAACAUCAGGGUUUUGGUAUGUUGUUAAUGGAAGAAGCUGAGAAGAUCGCAUUUGAAGAACAUGGUUCCACCAAAAUGGCUGUUAUAUCUGGUGUUGGCACAAGAAAUUAUUAUCGGAAAAUAGGAUACGAACUGGAAGGUCCUUAUAUGACGAAGAGUUUAAUAAAAUCCUGAUGUGGAGAAAGGAAAUGAAAGAACGAGAUGAUGAACCUUGCUGUUGUCAGUUCAAUCCCUCAUUCCUCAGUAAGAACAUUCAGGGACAAUGAUAUGUGACAUCUUGUGUGAUUUGUGGAGGGCUUUUACAGAAAGAAAGACGAGGAAACGGGCAUUUGCUUGCCUUUGCAAUAUAUGUAAAUAUUAUUUUAAAUAUUUAAUAAAAAUUGGAAAAU